AUGAGAGAUUUUAUUGGCUUAGGAUAUUCAGAAUUGACCAAAGACUUUCGUACUUGCGAAGGCCAGCAGCCAAGUACUUUGCACCGUAUCAGACCAAUACCUACAAAAAUAUUUGUAAAGACCGUGAUUAUUCCCACUCAUUUUCAAAUUACGGUUAUUUUGAGUAGCUCCAUUGUGUUCUUUAGCGAAGAGUUUUUGAUAUUCUCCAUCUGUUGCUGUUUCUUUACUACCUCCGUUCCCAUCGUACUCAAUGCUGUAAAACGCAAGUAUAAUAUUAAUAUUAAUACUAGUACUAAUCCGAAUACUAGUAGUAAUAAAAGAAUAGUAAUAUUCGAUUAUUAUGCCGAUUUUAAUAAUUGCGAUAAGAAUAAUGAAUAA